AUGCCGUACUCAGAGAGCGCGCAGGCCGCGCUAGUCCAAUGGGCCAACACAUUUCCCCUCGACAAGAAAGCCGACUCAAUAUCGGAUUUCCUCGAUGGCCACCUUCUGUCACAGGUCCUCCAGCACCUGGAUCCCACCUUCGACGCCAACCCUACUGAGGGCGAGCUUUACGACGUCUACAGGGGCAUUGUCAAGUUAGUCUAUCGCGAGUGCCCUGGCCUCGUCGGCCAGGCCAAGCUCGCCGACAUUCGUCCUAGCGCGAGAGAAGCACGCCCCGAAGCCAUCAGCAAGGUACAGACCCAGCGUCGUCUACGUGGAAGGACAGUUAGGCUAACAAAGUGCGGCUCCCAGCUUCUCGCCGUGUUGUUCGCCGUUGCGAUGUUAGGCAGCAGCAACGAACGAUACGUUAUGCGUAUCACCGAAGACAUUAAAGAUAUGACGAUUCUCAUGCAGCUACAAAGGGUCACGCAGGACAUGAAGGCGGUGAUGGAGGAGGCCGAGGCCCAGGACCUGGAGGAGGCCUCGGAGGUUGGUCACGAAAGCCACAAUGCAGACCUUGCCAUGGAAGCCGACAACAUCCGCCUCCGUUCCGACCUGGACAAAAAGGGAAAACUUCUUGCAGACAUGGAAACGCGCUUGGGCCACCUUCAGGAAAGCUACGAUGACCUGAAGGAAGAGGUGGUACGGAAGGGCAGGGAGCUAGAGGCGUUCCACAGUGCUCAGGACGGUGCCGGCAAGGAGGUUAUCAGGUCGCUGGAGCUCAAACUGCGUGAGCAGGACGAGCUCAUUGCCAACCAAGAGGCACAGGCCGAGGACGAUCGCAUUACCAAGGAGCGGCUGAUGAGCGAGGUCUCGGCGCUUAAGGUCAAGGCCCAGAAGCUUGAGACCCUUGACGACGAGGUGAAGGAGCUGCGUUUCAAGAACGAGGAGCUUUCUCGCAAGGCCAACAUGGUGGAGCGAUACAAGCAGAAGCUCGAGGCACAGUCCACAUUAUCCAAGGAGAUGGACAAUCUGCUGUAUGAGAAGGAGCAGAUGCAGCGCGACCUCAUCGAAUACGAGAAGGUUCUAAAGAGGAACCAGGCAUUGGAGCAAACCAAUGAACAGUAUGCCUCCAAGCUCCGAGAUUAUGAGCUGCAGUACGUUGAGCUGGAUGCCCAGAGGAGAGCUCUUCACGAUGACGCCCAGCAGUUGAGAGAUCGUCUGGCCACUCUCGACGCUCAGCGACUCUCUGAUGAACGAUGGAUUGCCGAGUUGCAGGAGCAGAUCAACUCCGGACCACAAGUCGCCUUGUCACCCGAUGCGGGGACCGCAGGCUUCAGUCUCGAGGAGGAGCUUGAGGGCGCUGGCAACAGUGUCGCUCCUAACCCGGCACUCGAAAUUUCGCGUCUCAAGGCCGAGAACAACCUGCUUCGGAGCGGUAUGGGCUCCGCUUCAGAGAAUGCCCGGCUUCGACAAGAGCUCGAGGAGGAGCGUAGACAACGAGAGCGUAUCCAGGGAACUUACAACGACACCUUCGAGAAGCACCAGCUUGCAGAGGCCCAAAUCAGCGCUCUGAUCGAAAGCAGCGGCGAAAAUCAAGUGCUUGCCAACCUGAGAAUCCAGAUCGCCCAGAAGACGCAGGAACUUGAAAGCGAAAAGAGACGACUGAAGGAGGUUCAGGCGCAACUGUCAGACAAGGAUCGCGAGCUCCUUAGCGCGAGAACUGACCUCUCCGCCGUUGCGAAGGACAGCGCCGAAGCUCUCGAGGAACUCAAGUCCACUGACCAGCUCAUCUCAGCGUCUAUUCGAGAGGAACUCGAGGCGGCGCGCCAGCAGCUCAAGAACUUUGCCACUGACCUUGAAGAGCAGCGCACAUCACUCAUUAACGCCCUGCUUGAGAAGGACAAGUUGCGUAAGGACCUGGACGAGGCCAGGGAGGCACGACAAGACGGCACCGAGCCUGUCGAGGUUGUCCAGAAGCUCCAGGACAAGGUUGAAAAGCUCCGCGGUAGACUCAAGGAGCGCACAUCACAAUUGGAGAAGUCGGAGCAAGACAAAUACGACUUACAGCGAAAGCUCAAGGCUGCCGAGGGCGGAGAGGCUGCCGCAGCGCAAAAGGCCGCGAGCGACCAGAUUAUCAAGAAUCUCCAACGCGAGAACGCCCUCAUCGCCACGGCUUGGUAUGACCUUACUAGUCGGAUUCAGAGCAACCACGUCGUGCUGCAGAGACGCAACGAGGCGCCCAAGAGUUGGUUGGGCAAGCAGAGGCAGAUGGUCAACGGUAAGUACCUUCUCUUACGCCUCUUUGAAGAUAUUUGGGGACUGAUGGGAGGAAAAUGUAGCUACUCCUAG